AUGUCCGGCAUUCCCCCCUCCCCGCGCUUCUUCCAGCAGCCGCUGCGGUACAUGAAGUGGGCCUCUAUCAACAAGCCCGCAUACUUCUACUCCAUCAUGGUCGGAUGCGCUGGUCCCAUAAUGGUCGUUACCGUUCCCCCGAUUCGGAGAUAUAUGGGCGAGGAGCAGAUCCCCAAGAUCCCUAUGACAUACCCAGUACCAAAGGGACAACGGCCGAGACCGACGGGCUUCGAUGACGAGUAG